GAAGUUGAGGUCCGGCGCGGCUAUAACCACGGCGGCCGGCUGCUAUUAUGAAGAGAGUCAACAGCAGCAGCCUUAGUGGGGAGGAUCUCCUCUUGGAAGAUUUGGAAACUGAAGGAGAGAGGCAGCUCAAGAGCCUUCUGCAUCAUCAGCUUGACACAUCUGCUUCCAUUGAGGAGUGUGUGUCCAAGCGCCAGCGCUUUGCACCUGCAGCUCUGUACAAGCCCUUUGGUGAAGAAGCUGCAGGGUCUCAUAGCUUACCCCAGUUCCAGGCUCUGCAGGAGAGCAACAAGGAGAUUGCCUCUCUCAGGGAGCUUGGCCUCUCAGAGUCUGAGAUCUACCUCUGGAAGAACCGUGCAUCAGCAGCCAAGAGUUCUGGGCUUGGGGCAGCCCCUGAAGCAAUGCGGGACAGGAUACAGGCUAUCCAGGAGAAGAUUGCAGAGCGCCAACGCAUCCUCUCCUUGCCACAGCGAUUUGCAGGCAGCAAAGAGCUGAGCAGGCGUGAGAUGGAAAUAGAGAAUGCUCUUUUCCAGGGCACAGACCGCCAUUCCUUCCUGAGGAUGCUCUAUCACCAAGAUGAGGUUAAGCAGAAAGCCACGCAUGAGAAGGACCCAAUGGCUCACCUGGAGACAGUUUAUCAAGAAAUACUCAGCCAAGGGCAGCCAGAAUUGGCCCAGCCUUCCACAAGUGAUACAAGCCCUUCUUGCUCUGGGACCCCUAGCACCUCUCUGGUGGGGCAAGACUUGACCCCGCAGUCUGCUUCAGGGCCUGUGAAGGUGACAGAACUGGUAGAGUUUGUCCCAGAAGAGGAGAUCAUAAAGAAUCGUCUCUCAGAGGAAGAAAUCCGCAAGAUCCCCAGGUUUUCCUCCUAUAACCCUGGUGAGCCGAACAAGGUAUUGUAUCUGAAGAACCUCAGCCCUCGGGUGACGGUGAAGCAUCUGGUGUCGUUGUUCGCAAGGUUCCAGGAAAAGGAUGGCCCAGAGAUUCAUUUCCGCAUGCUGAGUGGGCGCAUGAGAGGGCAGGCCUUUGUCACAUUUCCUAGUGUCUUGAUGGCGCAGGCUGCGUUGAAACUGGUGAAUGGGUUCAGCCUGCUGGGGAAGCCACUUGUGAUCGAAUUCGGGAGAAACAAAGCAGGCCAGCUACAUCCUGACUCGGCACCUGCACUGAAUUCCAGUAGCUCCAGUUCACUGUAG